UUAGCUGCUCUGAUGCCAUCUGAUCGACCAGUGUGGCGUGAUCAAGCAGAUAGAUAGAUCGCAGUGCUGGAACCAAAUGGAUAUCAAAAUCCCUAAAAUAGCUCCGUCGGCUCUAUAAAUGGUGACAUAUCCUCAGAGCUUCUCUUCCAUCCCUCUCUCUCUCUCUCUCUGAAGCAAGGGCACAACGCCUUCACUUCUUCUUUUUCUAGAAAUGGCGAGAAUCUCCGUUUCUCUUUUGGGGAUUCUGGUCAUAUGUUUCUGGGCAGCCGUUGCAGAAGCAGAAUACUUGAAGUAUAAAGAUCCGAAGCAGCCAAUCAAUGUUCGGAUUAAGGACCUGUUAAGUCGUAUGACUCUAGAGGAGAAGAUUGGCCAAAUGUCUCAGAUUGAGAGGAAGGUUGCUUCAGCUGAAGCGAUGAAGAAGUACUUUAUCGGGAGUGUUUUGAGUGGUGGAGGGAGUGUUCCGGCAGAAAAGGCAUCUGCGCAGACCUGGAUUAAGAUGGCAAAUGAUAUCCAAAAAGGUGCACUAUCAACCCGUCUUGGGAUCCCAAUGAUUUAUGGAAUUGAUGCUGUCCAUGGUCACAAUAAUGUCUACAAAGCAACAAUUUUUCCACACAAUGUUGGUCUUGGAGCUACAAGGGAUCCUCAAUUAGUCAAGAAAAUUGGAGCUGCCACAGCUCUUGAAGUCCGGGCUACCGGCCUCCAGUAUGCUUUUGCGCCAUGUAUCGCGGUUUGUAGAGAUCCAAGAUGGGGUAGAUGCUAUGAAAGCUACAGCGAAGAUCACAGGAUUGUUCAAGCAAUGACUGAGAUCAUACCUGGAUUACAAGGAGAUAUCCCUGCUAAUUCUCCAAAGGGUGUUCCCUAUGUGUCUGGCAAAACAAAGGUUGCAGCUUGUGCUAAGCACUAUGUGGGUGAUGGUGGAACAACCAAAGGCAUCAAUGAGAAUAACACCCUCAUAAACAGGCAUGGAUUGCUAAGCAUCCAUAUGCCUGGAUACUACAAUGCAAUUAUCAAGGGCGUAUCAACCGUGAUGGUCUCCUACUCGAGCUGGAAUGGGAUAAAAAUGCAUGCCAACAAAGAGCUUGUCACUGAUUUCCUUAAGAACAAAUUGCGAUUUAGGGGUUUUGUCAUAUCAGAUUGGCAGGGUAUUGAUCGGAUCACUAGUCCACCUCAUGCUAACUAUACAUAUUCCAUUCUCGCAGGAGUCAGCGCUGGCAUUGACAUGAUCAUGAUUCCUGAGGUCUAUACUGAAUUCAUUGAUGAUCUGACAUCCUUGGUAAAGAAUAAUUUCAUUCCCAUGAGCCGAAUUGAUGAUGCAGUGAAGCGGAUCUUGCGUGUGAAGUUUACAAUGGGUCUAUUUGAAAACCCAUAUGCUGAUGAUAGCCUUGUAGACCAGCUAGGAAGCCAGGAGCACAGAGAAUUGGCAAGGGAAGCUGUGAGAAAAAGUCUUGUACUGCUGAAGAAUGGUGAAUCAGCGGACGAGCCAGUGCUACCUCUUCCUAAGAAGGCAUCAAAAAUACUUGUUGCAGGAAGCCAUGCAGACAAUCUUGGUUAUCAGUGUGGUGGGUGGACAAUUACAUGGCAGGGACUUGGUGGAAAUGAUCUCACAACUGGCACCACAAUCCUCACUGCCAUAAAAAAUACGGUUGAUCCCUCAACUGAUGUGGUGUACAAAGAGAACCCUGAUACUGAAUUCGUGAAGUCAGGUGAAUUCUCCUAUGCCAUUGUUGUAGUAGGAGAACCACCGUACGCAGAGACAUUUGGGGACAGCAUGAAUUUGACAAUACUUGAACCUGGCCCCAGCACCAUCACAAGCGUAUGCGUGGCUGUGAAAUGCGUCGUUGUCCUCGUAACCGGCCGACCUGUUGUAAUUCAACCCCAUGUUUCGUCGUUGGACGCACUUGUUGCUGCUUGGCUUCCGGGAAGUGAAGGCCAAGGCGUGGCCGAUGUUCUCUUCGGUAAUUUUGGUUUCACUGGCAAGCUUGCUCGGACUUGGUUCAAAACUGUGGAUCAGCUCCCCAUGAAUGUUGGAGAUCCGCACUAUGACCCUCUCUUCCCAUUUGGAUUUGGACUCACCACGGAACCUAGCAAGGCCGCAUAGGGGAGUAGUAAUCGUAGGUGGAGAUUUAGGUAGCCUCGUGUGCAUUUUUAGCACUUAAUUCAUCGUUUUGUCAAAAAAAAAAAAAAUGUAAUAAUCCCCGCCUCAGUGGGAUUUUGUUAUGUCGGUGAAAACUUGUUAAUUGGGAAGGUCAUAUAUGUUUUAUAAUUCCAUGAAUUUGGGAAUUUGCGUUUUAA